AUGGAAUCAUAUAACAAAGACGUUAUUUUCAGUUCUAUUACUCCUACUAAGAAUCCAUCAUUAAUCUAAAGCUAUGAUUUAGAGCCUUAAUCAAGUGUUUCUCCAAUAAUUUUCAAAACUGAUAACUAGUAUAUGAGAAACUUACAUAUGGGAGACAAUGAUAGUGAAAUACUUUAGUCUUAUAUAAAAAUAAGAGAUAGUUUAAGAGAUCAUAACUCGAGAUUAUCUACCGCGAGAUAAACUAAUUUUCAAGAAACUAAUUCUCAGUCCACAACCCCUAACAAGAACAUGAAUCUUAAUUUUAACAUUGAAAAUCGUCUGAAUUCAAUUAAAGUAGACCUAUCUACUCCACAAACAUCAAUCGUUAAUGAAAAUAAAAUAAAGAUAAUUCAGAACAUUGAAAAUGAGGUUGUCAGUAAAAUGCUGCUUUAGAGAAUGCAGGAUAAAUCGAUUAGAUAAAGUCAGGAUAGUAGUAGAGUGAUUCAGUUGUAGGAAGUUCAACAAUUGAAAAACAUAAAUAUAGAUAUUUAAGAUCUUAAAAAGCAUUUGGAAGCUUCACACUAACAAUUAAUGAGCCAAGAAUAAUAAAGCAUAUCAACUCAUAGAAGUUAAACAAGCACGAAUUAAAAUACUCAGCAAUAUCAAUAAUUGGUAUCUCAAAAUGAUAUUAAUAAUUUUAACAAUAUUGAUAUGCCCAAUAGUAUUCAUUAGCAGAACAAUUAUCAGAAGAGUUAUUAGUUUAACCAAGUAUAGCCCUAAAUGUCAAUUUAAAUGGCGAAUGAUAUACUGAAUGAAAGAACCUCAAAUUUUCAAAACUCCUAUAACAACUAAGCGAUCGGACUUGGAGACCCAAGAAACCUCGAUGUAUAUAGUUUUAUGCUUGAAAAAUCACCAUAUAACAUAAAUCCUCCAUAAUAAAGAGCGUAGUCAUCUACAAAAAAGUGCAAUACUGGUGGUUACAAACCUCCAAGAAGUGCAAGUUGCUAAAAAUAGAGAGAUAACUCUAAAUCCAAUAAUUCCUUCAAUAACAGUAUAAGCAAGCAAAAUGGUUUCUUAAAAUAAUAUGAGCAAGACUUAGAACCAAUAAAAUUUACUCCAAAAGAAGCUAAAUAAUCUGGAGAGAGGCUUUAUAAGCAGCAUUAAAUUUAUUAGUAUAGACUCGAUUAAAAGAAAUAAGCUAGGAAUGAUGAGAUAGAUAGUAAAAUGAAAGAUAAGCCUACAAUUUGUAAAAAGUCCCAAUAAAUAAUAGAAAAUGGGCCAUCUAUCUCAACUUAUGACUUGUAAGAAUAGCUGAGAAGGCAUCAAAAUUGUUACUACAAACAUUCUCACAGCACAAUAGAUCAUUGCAGCAAUCAUGGAGAGAAUAAAGAAAAUCAUAAAAUUCAUUACAUUCAAGAACAUACUUUCAAAAAUGUUAACGGCUGGCUCAAUGAUCAUAGUGUUGUUGAAAAGAGAUAGUCUACUCCAGUUCAAUAGAUCAAUAGUCAUCAGAGAUCUAAUAGUUAGCUUAAUAGAGCCAAUUCAAGAUUAGCAAGUAAUAAAAAUGAUGAAGUAAAGAAGUAGCUUAGAUUUUAAUCUGAAAAGAAAGUUAAAUUUUAAUAGGAUUACAGACCAUAAAGUGAAUAUAUUAAAAGGUUUGAUAAUAAAACCGAUGAUAAUAAUUAUCAUAGCUUUGGCCCGAAUAUAGAGGAUUAUAAUCAAGUAAGAAUGUCAAGAUAAGUUGAAAUAUAGCCGACUGUAUAUGAACCUAAACUAAUUAACUCAUCGUACGAUUAAGGCGAAAAUAUGUUGAAAAAAUUAUGUUAGUAAUAUAACAUGAAAUUUGAUUCAAUAAAUCAAAGAGAUACUAGCGCUUUAGAAGAUAUUGUAGAUUCUUAAAUGCAGAAAUAGUAAAGAAGCUAUUAAGAGCCACAAAGAUCAGAGAGAAACCACUAUAACAAUCAAAGACUUAUUCCAUAAAAAGAUUUGAAACACAAAAAAUAAUCCUCAAUAAUAACUAAAAUCAAGUAAUUCAAAGAUGAAUCUGAUAAUAACAACUCUUAUUUCAAUCAGUAAAUACUACAUGGAAAGCCUAGUAACAUAGAGCAGCAUAAAGUAAUCAAGAAAUUGAACCCUAGAAAUAAAGAUGAUCUCUUUCGUUAAAAUUUAAGAUCAAUUGAUCAAUCUUAUAACUAAGUCAGAGGUAGCAGAUCAAGAUCACCUUUAAAAGAAUUGACACCUCGUUACCAAUAAAAAUCAUAAGGAGAAAAUACUUAUGAGAGGACAGUUCAAUGGAAAAGCCAGAUAGAUAUAUAGAAUAAGAUUAAGAGAAUGCAACAAAAUUAAGAUGAAUAGAAAGACUGUGUGUUCAAGCCUUAAAUUACAGCAUACCCAUUCCAAGAUGAGCAAACUAGCCAGCAAGAAAAAGCUAAUAUUUCCUACAGAGAGAAUUAAUCUCCAAUUAACACAUCAAGACAUACAACCUAGAAUUAUUCCCAGAUAUCUCAAAAGAAAAUAGCUUUGAAAGAGUUGCAGAAAUAAAAAUAUCCUAAUCAAAUACUAAAUUUAAAGACAAGCUAGAAGUAGGGCAAUGAUUACUGCAGUAGUCCACACUGCAACUCCCAAGAAAAGUUACUUAAAUAAUAGAGGUAAUCUUCGAAGUCUUUGAUGGUUGAUCCGUCUCAGUAAAAUAAAAAUCCCACUAGAUCCCCAAUAAAGAAGUUUCAUAUUUAAAGAAUCUAGGUUUAGGAACCAACAGAGCAAAACUUGAAGACCAUUGUCAACUAAUAUCUGUAAAAGAAGGAUGAACUGAAGAAGCCUAAAUUCAUCUUAAAGAAGCAGUCAGCCUUUGAUAAUAACCCAGAAAUCAUAGAAGAAGUCAAAGACUUGAACAAGAGAUUCUAGAAAAUAAGUACAUCUUUACAUCAAGAUUUAAUUGAUGUAGACGAUAUCAACAUUAAUAGUAGCUUCAUGUAGAAUAAUAGUAUUAGUGGCAAUAAUGGACUAAUUAGAGGAAUUAGCUCAAGUAAAGAUCAAAGCGAGAUGUCGCAGCAGCUUGAAUUUACUUUAAGAAAUCAAACACUUUAAUCACUUUAGUCAUAAGCCUUGGAUAAUAUAAGUAAACUCAACUAAAACAGAUUCAACGAUUCAAAGCAGAGUCAAUAGACUAAUGAGUUGAAUGACAAAGAUAAAAUGUAAACAAGCGCAGAUCUAAGAUACAAUAGAGCGAGAUAGGUAUUGACAACUGCCAAGCAGUAGAUACUAAAUUGA